ACAGCGGCUAUUUUUCCCGCGGGACCCACUGCCCCGGGCGCCGCGGGGACGCGGGAGCCGAGGCAGAGGCGCGGGCCGCGGCGGGGAGACCCCCACCCCAGAGGCAGCCGAAUGCCCGUUUCCUGGUUCAGGGAAAACACUGGCCGCCACCGUCCCUGCGUGGGGCUCUGUCGUCUCGGGACCAGGAGUCCUGACACCACCGGGGCCGAGGGGGAAGGAGCCCCUGUCCGCGGCGGCUUGUGUGAGCGCCGGGAGGAUCAUGGGAAAUCACCUUGACCUUCUCUUGGGAGCGGUGCUGCUGGCCAGCCCGGCGCUCGGCAUCUCUCCCUGCUCCUCGGACGGCCGCAUCGCCCUGUACCGUUCCUGCAACCUCACCCGGGUGCCCCCGGUCCCCAACUCCACGGAGCGCCUCCUGCUGAGCUUCAACUACAUCCGGGCCGUCACGGCCACGUCCUUCCCCGUCCUGGAGCGGCUGGAGCUGCUGGAGCUGGGGACGCAGCUCACCGCCUUCACCGUGGGCCGGGCGGCCUUCCGGAACCUGCCCAACCUCCGGGUCUUGGACUUGGGCCACAGCAGGCUAGACUCGCUGCACCCGGACGCCUUCCAGGGGCUGCCCCGUCUGUUUGAGCUCCGGCUCUUCUACUGCGGGCUCUCCGAGGCCGUGCUCAGGGACGGUCACUUCAGAAACCUGCCGUCGCUGAGCCGCCUGGACCUGUCCAAGAACCAGAUCCACAGCCUCUCCCUCCCCGCUUCCUUCCGGGAGCUGGACGCCCUGACGUCCAUCGACUUCUCCCUCAACGAUGUCCCCGUCGUGUGCGAGUGGGACCUCCGGCCCCUGCGAGGGAAGGAGCUGUCCUUUCUGGGCCUCGCUGCCACCAACCUGUACUACCGGGUCCCCGUGGACUGGGCCGCGUGCAGGAACCCGCUCAGGGACAUGGUCCUGGGCACCCUCGACGUGUCCCAGAAUGGCUGGGGCGUGGACCUCGUACGGAACUUCACCGGCGCCGUCAACGGGACCCCGAUCGCCUCUCUGCUCCUCGCCUGGCACGUCAUGGGUCCCGGGUUCGGCUUCCAAAACAUCAAGGACCCCGACCGGAGCACCUUCGCCGGCCUGGCCCGCAGCUCGCUGCGACGCCUGGACCUCGCGCACGGCUCCAUCUUCGCCCUGGGCUCCCGGCUCUUCGAGGGCCUCGGGGAGCUCAGGCUCCUGAACCUGGCCCACAACAAGGUCAACACGAUCGCCCGCCAGGCCUUCUACGGGCUGGACAGCCUCCAGGUCCUCAACCUGUCCUUCAACCUCCUGGGGGAGCUGUACAACCCCAGCUUCGACGGCCUGCCCGGCGUGGCCUACAUCGAUCUGCAGAGGAACCACAUCGGGGCGGUCCAGGACGGGACGUUCCGGUCCCUGCGGAGCCUGCAGACCCUGGACCUCCGGGACAACGCCCUGAAGACGGUCGGCUUCGUCCCGAGCAUCCCCACCCUCUACCUGGGGGGCAACAAGCUGGCGACGCUGCCCAGCGCCGGGUUCGAGGCCAGCUUCGUGCAGCUGUCGGGGAACCGGCUGGAGCGGGUGGACGAGCUCUACGCCCUGUUCCAGAUCCCCCAGCUCCAGGUCCUCAUCCUCAACCAGAACCGCCUGUCCCUGUGCGCCGCCCCCGCCGCCCCCAGGCCUGUGGGGAGCCCCAGCCUGGAGCAGCUCUUCCUCGGGGAGAACAUGCUGCAGCUGGCCUGGGAGACGGGGUCCUGCUGGGACGUCUUCCAGGGGCUGGCCCACCUGCAGCGCCUCUUCCUGAACAACAACUACCUGACCUUCCUCCCGCCCGGAGUGUUCGGCCAUCUGGUCGCCCUAAGGUUGCUCAGCCUCAACGGCAACCUGCUGGCCGCCCUCGCCCCCGGCGACCUCCCGCCCGGCCUCGAGGUGCUGGACGUGUCCUGGAACCAGCUCCUCUCCCCGGACCCCGCCGCCUUCGCGUCCCUGCGCUUCCUGGACGUCACCCACAACAAGUUCAUCUGCGAGUGCGACCUCGGCCCCUUCGUGGUGUGGCUCAACCGGACCAACGUCACCCUCCUCGGGGCGCCCGAAGACGUGUCCUGCUCGUACCCGGGCCCCCUGGCGGGGGCGCCCCUGUCCUCGCUGUCCACGGAGGGCUGCGACGAGGAGGAGAGGCUGGCCGCCCUCCGGUUCUCCCUCUUCGUCCUGUCCACCGUCGCCGUGGCCCUGUUCCUCGCGGCCAUCCUGGCGGUGGCCAAGCUCCGGGGGUCCUGCUUCCUCUGCUACCAGGCGGUCCGGAGCCGUCUGCUGGGGGACCGAGCCCGGGCCGGGGAGCCCGACCAUUACAAGUACGAUGCCUACCUGUGCUUCAGCGGCAAGGACUUCGAGUGGGUGCAGGGCGCCCUGCUGGCCCGCCUGGACGCCCAGUACAGCGCCCGCAACCCGCUGCGCCUGUGCUUCGAGGAGAGGGACUUCGCGCCGGGCGAGAGCGUCCUGGCCAACAUCCAGGCGGCCGUGUGGAGCAGCAGGAGGGUGGUGUGCGUGGUGAGCCGGCACUUCCUGCGGGACGGCUGGUGCCUGGAGGCCUUCGGCUGCGCCCGGAGCCGCUGCCUGGCCGACCUCCGGGGCGGCCCCGGCGCCCUCAUCGUGGUGGUGGUGGGCGCGCUGUCCCAGUUCCAGCUCCGGAGGCACCGGGCCGUCCGCGCGUUCCUGCAGAGGCAGCCCUACCUGCGGUGGCCCGAGGACCCGCAGGACGUCGGCUGGUUCCUUCACAAGCUCUCCCGGCUCAUCCUGAAGAGGGAGGAGGAGAAGAAGAAGGAGGAGGAGGAGGACAACGGGGACAUCCCGCUGCAGACGAUCACCACCGUCUCCUAGUCAAGGAGCUGGCCGUCGAUGGGCCUCGCCGAUAGCACUUCACCUUGUACUUGCGCUGAGUCUCCUUGGGGGGGCGGUCCUUCUUGAGGUUCCUUUUCACCCAAUUCUGAAAACACACACACACACACACACACACGCACACACAAAGCUCUCAAUUGACCUGCACAUGGGAAGGAAGAGAUCUAAGAGAUGGCAGCUGCCCCCCACACUCCACCCAUUUCCUGUCGGACUCAAUAAUGCCCUUCUCUUCUCUGGCGUCAACCACAAGGUGUUCCCGGUGGUGGUGGGUGGCCGCCUUGGGAAGAUACAGCAGACGGACACUCCCCUCCAGCAGCGUCCCGUCCCAGGAGGCGCCGGCCCCGCAUUCGGAGCCCUCUGCGCUCUGCGGGGACAGCGCCAGCGGAAGAGAAGCAGAGACAGGCCGCUUCCCGCCUGCACCGUGGGAGCCGGGCCCUCGCCGGGUCAAGGGCACCCUCGGUCUCCGGGAGGAGAAUGGCCCCGAAGACGCCGGAUGACAAGAACCAGCCGUCUUGUGGCCACAGCAUUCUUCCUGAUCUUCUUACCUUCCGCUCCUCCGGGCAGAACGCGGGCCCCCCAGGAACGUCCUGUCGGCAGGUAUCAAGAAAAAGCGAAAGCAAGGAAGGCUAGCCAAAUUACCCGUGGCUUCCUGGUCCAGCGGGGCCCCAGGUCAGCUGCUGCACACAGGCCUGGGACUCAGCAUCCAGAACCUCGCUCCCGGUCCUCACUGUGCGCCCCGAAUCCUAACCCCUCCACACACUCUCACACACACAGUCACACACACACACACACACACACACACACUCACACACACUCUCACACACACACCCACACACACACAGACACUCACACACACACUCACACACACACACACACUCACACACACACACACACACACACACACACACACACACACUCACACACACACACACACACACACACACACACACACACACGUGGACUAGCUGUUCUAUUCCUGGUCUCUCUGAUCCAGGAAGCUGAGCUUGCCCUGUGCUGACUGUUCUCACAUUUGAACAAUGACUGUGCCCAUUAGCACUGUUCAUCACGGCAGCACACGCACCCCCUAUCCUACGACUCUACCCUUCCUUCUGGAGUGUUCUCCCAUUUCUGCACAUCCAUCCUACCUGCUAUUCCAAACCCAGCCCUCCUGGGGUGUCUCAUGGAGUGUUUCCAACCCAAAGGCCUCUCUCUCUUCCUUCUGGGCAAACUCUUAGCACACCAGCUGGUUUUUUUUUUUUUGUUUUUUUUAAUUUUAUUUUAUUUUAUAUAUUUUAUUGAUUUUUUACAGAGAG